GUUAUAUCAGUUCAUUCUUUGAUUUAGUUUGAAGUAUAUCGGGGCCUUUAGGCUGAUAGUCUGAAUAAGGCUUUAGUUAACAUACUAGAGUUUCCAUAAUAAAUGUUCUUAACGGUUGUGAAAGCAGCUAAUUUUGUUUUCAAGGUUGGACCCCAACAAAUCUUCCUUGGUCAAACAGUUCACUAGAAAAACCAAGCCAGCUGAAGUUCUUCUGCUGGGAAACAACAUAAGUUUGAAGGCUCAGGAACUAAAAAAAAGCACCAAAUCAAUGGAUUUGCAUGGCAAUUCAUAAAGUGGUCUUUUCAGCAAAAAUUGGUUGAUUGUUUGUAGUAUUAGUACAAGCAUCAUCUUGACAUUCUCAGCAGGAACAAAAUGCAUGUUAUGUUUAUGUUCUUCUUUGUUGUAGAUGAUGGAUACUGUUACCCUAAACGUUGGUGGCCAUUUGUACACCACGUCGCUCUCCACCCUCCAGCGUUAUCCAGACUCUAUGUUGGGCGCCAUGUUUCGUGGUGAUUUUCCCACCGCACGAGAUGCCCAGGGCAACUAUUUCAUAGAUCGAGACGGUCCUCUAUUCCGCUACAUCUUAAACUUUUUACGAACCUCGAAACUGACGCUACCAUGUGACUUCAAAGAAACAGAGCUCCUUCGAAAGGAAGCAGACUUCUAUCAGAUCGAGCCUUUGAUCCAGUGUUUAGGAGACACCAAACCCCUUUAUCCAUUGGACACUUUUGAGCAAGUGGUAGAACUUUCAAGUACUCGUAAGCUGUCCAAGUACUCAAACCCAGUGGCGGUCAUUAUCACCCAACUCACUAUCACCACCAAAGUUCACGCACUACUUGAAGGCAUCUCCAACAACUUCACCAGAUGGAAUAAACACAUGAUGGACACCAGAGACUUUCAAGUUUCUUUUACCUUUGGACCAUGUGAUUACCACCAAGAGGUUUCCCUUCGGGUGCAUCUGGUGGAGUACAUCUCCAAGCAAGGCUUCACGAUUCGCAACACACGGGUGCAUCACAUGAGUGAACGCGCCAAUGAGAACACGGUAGAACAUCACUGGACAUUUUGUAGAGUUGCGCAAAAGGUUGAGGACUGAUUGAUGCUGCAUUUAUGUCUGAAUAUUAAAAAUAUUUAUUGGUAAAAUUCAAAGCAAUUUGAGCAGUUACGAGUUUAACAAAGAUAUAAGUGAUUUUUAAUAGUUGCAAACUUGUAAUUAAGGUAAUACUGAAAUAACCUGAACACACCACAUCUCCACUGCAGAUCCUGUUUGAGGUAGCCAGUAAUGAACACAAUGAAAAUGUUUUCUGUUGUAUUUUGGCGAACUUGUCCUAUCAUGUUUUAUGCAUCUUCUCACCCACUACAGAUGUUUAUAGACAAAAGGAACCUGAAAAAUUUAUAGAACUCUACUAUAUACCUCAUAUACCUGGAAAAAGUGACCCAAAAUUGUUUCUUAAUUGUCAAAUCUAUAUAUGCAACGUGAAUCUGCAUAUAUCUGAAAUUUUAAUAUGUAAUGCAUCAGUGUUAAAUAUACAGUAUUCAGUUGUGUUUAUAGUAUUUCUGCAGAUAUUUUGUCCUGUGAUUAAGUCCUUCAACUGUAAAUGGUUUGCAUGAUUCUGUGGUAUCUGCACUAUUGUUGUUUCAGUAAUAUUUCCCCUUUGAAAUAUGUGAAAAUUAUUUAAUUCGCAUGAUGGUCAAUAUGUUUUGUUGCCCAAAGCUUUGAGCAAAACAAUACCUCCUAUUGACCAGC